AUGCGCCACAAACUGCCAAUCAAAUUAUCUAAAUGUGAAUUCCACAAGGAGGAAUUGGACUAUCUGGGCUAUCGCAUCUCGGGGCAAGGGCUAAAAAUGGAUCCCGCUAAGAUUAAAGCAGUACAAGAUUGGCAGGCGCCCUCAACGCGGAAGCAGUUGCAGUCCUUCCUGGGGUUUGCAAAUUUCUACAGGCUGUUUAUAGAGGGUUUCGCCCAGAUUGCUCUCCCUCUAACUGAUUUGCUGAAAACAAAAGGGAAGGGAGGUCAAGCCACUAAGCCGCUGGCAAAGCUAAGGUGGGGGCCAGACUGUCAGCAAGUGUUUGAAAAAUUGAAGGACCAAUUCACUACAGAGCCGGUCCUACAGCACCCCAAUGAGAAUUGA